CACUUUAACCAUGUACUUCCAGCAGUACUGGAGGGACAAGAGGCUGGCGUACUUAGGGAUCCCYCUGAACCUCACCCUGGAUAACCGGGUAGCAGAUUCACUCUGGGUCCCUGACACCUACUUCCUGAAUGACAAGAAGUCCUUCGUCCACGGUGUGACGGUCAAGAACCGCAUGAUCCGCCUCCACCCGGAUGGAACAGUGCUCUACGGCCUGAGGAUCACAACGACGGCAGCCUGUAUGAUGGACCUGAGGAGGUACCCUCUGGACGAGCAGAACUGCACUCUGGAGAUCGAGAGCUAUGGAUACACGACAGAUGACAUUGAGUUCUACUGGAAGGGAGGAGACAAUGCGGUGACGGGGGUGACACGUAUUGAGCUGCCACAGUUCUCCAUAGUGGACUACAAGCUGGUGUCCAGAAAUGUUGUCUUUUCCACAGGUGCCUAUCCACGACUGUCUUUGAGCUUCAAGCUAAAGAGGAACAUCGGCUACUUUAUCCUGCAGACCUACAUGCCCUCCAUCCUGAUCACCAUCUUGUCCUGGGUCUCCUUCUGGAUCAAUUACGAUGCCUCGGCUGCAAGAGUGGCAUUAGGGAUCACCACUGUGCUCACCAUGACCACCAUCAACACCCAUCUGAGAGAGACGCUCCCCAAGAUCCCCUACGUCAAGGCCAUCGACAUGUACCUGAUGGGCUGCUUCGUCAUGGUCUUCCUGGCCCUGCUGGAGUACGCCUUCGUCAACUACAUCUUCUUCGGCCGAGGACCACAAAUGCAGAAGAAGCUGGCAGAGAAAGCCGAGAGGGCCAACAACGAGAGGGCGGCCAAAUACGACACCAAUCGGUCUCCUCAGGAAGGAGGUAAAACGUCAUCUCUUAAGCUGACUAAGCAGCCUAAUAGAGCAAAAACGCUCCGUGUCUCACAGUCGGCGGAGUCCCACGGUAAUAUCCUGCUGACCACCCUGGAGAUCCACAACGAGGUGGCAGGAAAUGAGGUCACCACCAGCCUGGCGGACAGCAGGAACUCCUCCGUCAUGGGAUUUGACAACACCAGCACAGGUACCGGCGUCCAGUGCAGGAAGGCGAGCCGGGCCUCGGUUCCUCGCCACAGCUUUGACAGGCACGCCCAGCUCAAGAGGCACAAACUGCGGCGGCGCUCGUCGCAGCUCAAAAUCAAAAUCCCUGACCUGACGGACGUAAACGCCAUCGACAGGUGGUCGCGYAUUAUCUUCCCCUCCGUCUUCUCCCUCUUUAAUUUAAUCUACUGGAUGUAUUAUGUCAACUGAUUGACUGAUUUUAGGGUCAGGUGGUGUUAGAAUAUUUUUUUUCCCUUCGUCAUUGUUUUGUCUUUUUUUACGUGACAGGAAAUGUUUUGCUAUCGAAAAACAAAGGACUGCCUCUAUGUAACACGGACAAAAUGCUUUGACUUCUUUGUUAAAGUUUUUAUAUUUGCAGUCAUACUCAAAUUAUGGAUUGUGGUGGAUUGKUAAUUCUUAAAACUUUGUACAGAACUAUGUAGAUAAAUACCCAUACUGUAGGACUGGGACUGUACACUUCCCAGUCUUUUUGCCCUCUCUGCAGUUUAAUAAUGGAGAUCCUUUAUACKCAAUUCAAUAUGUGCAAUUUGKAAGAAAGAAAAGGUAACACUGACCUUUGUUUUUUUUAACAAACCCAAAUAAAAUACAAAUGUUAUGUAAUGUAUUAUGCAUAUACAUAAUGAAUUGUAAUGUAUACUUUAUAAUUAUUUACAUAUUAUUUGUCAUGAAUGCGGAUCAAUGCAAAAAAWAUAUACUCAUGUUUUGUGAUGCUUUAUCARGUAUAUKUUUUUUGUCUUGGUCAGAUAAUAUCAUUUUCAAGUGCACAUACAGUAUUUGCAAAUUUGACAGUGAAGUGGUCCUGUUUAUGUAUGUCUAUGUACAGUGUAUUAUUAUUAUUAGUAGUAGUAGUAGUAUUGCUAUUAUUAUUAUUAUUAUUAUCAUUAUUAUUACAUACUGAAGUAUACCAUUUUAACAUAGGUUCAAAUUAAUGUCUACUGUUGAGGGUUUAAUAUCUCAGGUUCUGUAUUUUGCUAAUUGGCAACCAUUACGUUUUCAAAAUCCUGUCAAACAGUCUUGAAAUUGGAAUAUUGAUUGGCAAUCUAAACACACUGCACUCAAUGAAUCUGUCACGGUUCACAUCUUUUCUACCUGAUAUUGUGAAUGCUUGACAGGAUUUCACUCAGUAAAUUGACGACAUUCCUUGAAAUCAGCUCCAUCUUUGAUAGCUGUCGAACUCUCCUGCCAACGGCCUAGUGCUAUAUACUGUAUAACAUGUCUUUGUGAAAUGUUCUGAUAUUUUUGUAAGGUGUAACGUUGACUAAAGCUACAGUAUAUUAACUCCCUCUGUUGCGCGCUAGCAUUGUAGGAAAUAGAUUCCCUCUGUUCACAGCAUUCCAUGGAAGUGGSAGGGUUGAGSGUUUGUUUGGUUUGGAGCAUUUCACUGAUCUUUACUGCUGAAAUGACCUCCAACUGUAAAUAUAAUGUAUAUAACAGAUUUGAUGUUGUGUGCAAAUUUWUGUGUGCAKAUUUUUAUUUGGGGUUGUCMAAUUAGUUGUCUGUUUUAUAAGACAAUGUGAAAUACCGAUGACAUUUCUGUCCUCUUUAAAUGCUUGAAAAUCUAUUGAAUGAACAUGUCUACUGUUGAUCAUAUUUUUUUUGAUUCCUUUCUUCAGGUUUAGAAGCGAUGAAUGCCAUGAGACUAUCUAUCAAAUGCACAGACAAUAUAAAUAAUACAACGAAACGCAUUGUAAAUCAAGGGCAUUGCGAACCACUGAUAAACACAGUAUAUCAUCCAUUUCUAUAUUUCUAUKAUCUAUUCUGCACAGCUAUCAUAGAAGCACAUGCGACGUGUUAGUCUCUCAGUUUACAACUGAUGCAUGAAUUCUGUUUCUACAGGGCAAGGACAGUGAGCCAUAAUCAUUAGAUUGUGACAAAACAUCUACGCAUGCCAUUAGGAAAUGUAAUCAAGGAAGUAGCUACCAUUUGGUGAAACAUUGCCGUUGUUCAUAUCAUGCUGCUCUGGGCGAGAGACAAUGCCAAGAUGGCACUGUCUCUUGUUUCUCUAUGCAUGUUAUAUCGCAUGAGUAAUGUCGAUUUWAAAAAAAAGAACCUUAACCCUAUCAUCUUAAACCUGUAUCGCAGGUGACAAGUACAGUUCAAGAGAUUGUGAUAAACUGCCAUUCUCUGGUUGGUUACAGAGCAACCAAUCAUAUCCUGGGGUCAAUGGCUGGGAUUCACAACGACAGUCUUCAAAUAUAUAACACAUUUAUAUACGCWUAAAGAAUAAAWRGUGUGCCCAUYUAUUUUACCYUUACCAACUUGCAGCCAAUUGCUUAUAGCAGUGACAUGUAUCUCUGGUAUGUGAAUAUGCUUUGCUACUUGAUCAUUAAGCUUGUUGUGUGUUUUGGUUUUGAGUGAUAUAAUGGUAAUGUGUGUGGUUACACACGCUGGCCUAGAACAGUUACAGACCCUGGGGUUUCCCUUCUCUACUGUGUAGAUGAGGCAGUGUUGGUGUAAGAUGACUAAUAUCCCUUGUUCUUGGUGUAAGAUGAGUCAUUUCUCUUGUUCUUGGUGUAAGAUGAGUCAUUUCUCUUGUUCUUGGUGCAAGAUGAAUAAAAUAUAUUGGUCUUGGUGCAAGAUUAAUAAAAUAUAUUGGUCUUGGUGCAAGAUGAAUAAAAUAUCUUGGUCUUGGUGUAAGAUGAAUAAAAUAUCUUGGUCUUGGUGCAAGAUGAAUACAAUAUCUUGUUCUUGGUGUAAGAUGAGUAAUCUUUCCCGAGACGUAAAGACUUGAGUUAGCCCUUCAGAGCUAAUGCCUAGUCUUUAGCUCAGAGGGCUGACAGUCAUGUGGCGUGCAGGAGACCUGGGUUUGAAUCCCAGUCAGUCACAUUGGCACAUUCAAUCGGACACUGUUUCAUGCAUUAAGUGCACUCAUCAUUGCUGGCUUCUAAUGUUGUCUGGCCCAUUAUGGAAUGUCAACAUGUUCCGUUCUGCCAUAAAUGUAUAUUUAGGUAUAGAUAUCUGUGUUUAUGUUUUUCUCCCWUAUUUCUUUAGGUUAUAAUGUUGCUCUAUUAAUGAAAUAAUAUCAAUUGRAUGACAGUAAUAUCGGGUUUUGCAUCCAUUCAAAUCCAUGUUUUCUGUAACACAUCUGUUAUAACCUAUAGCAACAGGAUGAACAAUGGACAGARUUCAGAGGCGACAUUUCUUGUUCCUGAUGCAUUUCUGUUGAAUGAUUGAAUCUAGACAAAGAGCAAUAGUUUAUGAUUUAUAUGUCAGGUGAAGAUAAACAAAUGAUUACCAGUAUUCCUGGAUUGUGAUUAAA